GGCGACAGGAGGGAAGAGCGAGGCCGGAGAUGUUAGAGAUGUGUUUGUUAUGUGGGAAAGGGAACGAGAGGGACAGAAGGAAAGCAGCUGAGUUUAAAGGAAAGCUUUUAAUGGAAAGAGGGCUGGAGGAGCAGAGAAUGAAGGGAAGAAAACACAAAGGAAGAGAAUAGAACAGCGAUGUCUGAGGCGCACAGUCACUCUGGAAGUAUAUCUCUGAUCCAGUCCAUGCUGCGCAGACUGAGCACUGCAGAAUACACUGAUCAACCUCCUAACACACACCCAAACACACACCAACACCUCACAACCUCAGUGGAAACAGACAGUGGAUUCUAUGUGACCCUUCAGGACCACGAUAAUGCAGAGCUCACAUUCAAAGGGAAGCUUGUCGCAGUGAUUGAGGAUGAUGAUGGUGAUUAUGUUGAUGAUGAUAAUGAUCCACAAUUGGAAGCUCUGACUGAAAGGGACAAUGAUCUGGAAUCAUCAGACAGGGAUUCAGAGGAGAGAGAAGAGGGGAAUUCCGGUAUUCCUUUUUUGGAUGCAGGAUUGGAAAAACUGGUAGACGAGGAGAAAACCAGCAAACCCCCCGCUGUGAUUCCCAGAUGGGAGAGAAGGCAGUUGCUACCCUGUCCCCCUGGCCUGGACGGUAGACCCCCGCCUCCCCCCGCUCCCCCCAAGAGGAGGGCUAAACCACUGCUACACCCUACAGGGCCACCGCCGCCACCCCCUCCACCAGCCCUUGACCCUAGCCAGAGUGCUCCUGUGUGGGGGAGAGUGGUAGGUGAGGGCCCAGGCUAUGAGCUGAGGCCUACAGGGCAUGGGAGAGGGCCUGGAGGCCAGGAGGAGGAAAUACUGUCGUCCUCAGGGGACAGGCUGUCUGUGUACUCAGCUGUCAUCCUCAAGUCAGAACGCCGAUUCUCACAGCCCAUUCUGGAUCCUACUCUAGACUCUACAGCACAGAGGGGUCGGGGGGUGCAGCAGCUGAAGACGACUGGGUCCGUGGCAGCACAGGACCCUUCCCAGCUGAGGGGGAAGGAUAUAGGGUGCCCCCCUAAAGCCUCUGAGCCAGUGGGGAUGGGGGUAAUGGGGGUACCCAAACGGUUGGAAUCGACCGCACCCAAGCCACUUAUACCCAAACCUCCACACAGAAACAGAUCUCCGCCCCAGGGACCUGAGGGGAGAGCCCAGGACAGCCCAGAUGGAAGUUCCCCUUCUGGGUCUGAAACGAGAGACAUCCCCCCUGACCUCCAGUCUAUACCUCCAGAGACCGAGGGAGUCAGAGAACCACCAGAGCCUAGCGAACACAGCGCAGAUGGGAACGACAGCUCCAGAACCCCUGUCGAUAUUAGGUGUAACACGGGGGAGGGAGGUUUGUUGGAAGGGGGGAGGAAUUUAAAAGACACACAGGAAGUUGUGAUUCAGGACACUGCAACAUGGGGUGAUGGUGGUGUGCUUGGGUCGAAACACCCCAAUGUGAAGAAAAUGAAGGGAGGAAAGGUGAAGACAUUUGCCAAGAAGAUGAUGAGCAGAUGGAAGGAGAGUCAAGAGGAGAAGAGAGGAAAUGGAGAGAUUCAGGAGGACGACAGAGAAAAAGAGGUGGAGAGCGAAAUGCCAUUAGUGAACCUCCAUCAAGAUCGACAUUCAGUCAGGUUGCAUACUAAAAUGUCCGUCAUAGAGGAAGAGGAAGAUGAGGAAGAAGAAAAGAGGAGUGGUGAGGCUACACAGGAGUCACCAAUGAUGGAGCAGCCCUGCCAAGCUGAGACGGAGAGGAAGCCUGUGGGAAACCACGCACGUUUUCAGAGCUCCUUCAGUUCUUUCAAGUUCAACUUCAGUCCCAUCAGCUUGGUGGAUGAGAUUCUAACAGGAGAGGAGUGGUCACCAUUCCUGUCCAUCAAGGACAUGCCCGCCCCCUCACCGUCCGUUUACCAAUCAGAGGCUGCUAGCCAACACGGUUGUGAUGAAGGCGACCAAUUAAAGACUGAACCAGAGUCGUGCCUCCCCAACGAUGUUCAACAGAACCACGAGGACAUAGGCCUUUCUUUAUAUGAGGAUGUUAGCUUAAUUCAAUCAGAUCCUAACGAGAUUGUGGACAACCAAUCGGACAACAGACAACAGGAAGUAAACAACAACAAUGACACUGGAGCUGAUGCCAUUGCUGUCAUCAAACCGAAGAUACUAUUGGACAAUGAUGCAGCGGAGGAGAGUGAGUUGGACCACUCCAGACCCAUAUCUAAGGACAUCCAUGACUCUGUUGAAUUACUUCAGUCCCCCAUAAGGACGCAAUCAAAGGACCUUCUUGACUUCUCCUAUGUUGAGUCACUUGGAGUUCUGGACAGUUCUGCUCAGAAACAUCGGAUUCAUCUGAACAAAAAGAGAAAGCACAGACUUCCGGGGCUAAAGAAGAGAAAGCUCAUCAAGAUAGGACGCACUGCAAUCAAAGCCCCUGAAAUCAAAUUCCUCAAACCCUCUCCUCCUCCCACCCUCUCCCCCACAUCACUCCCUUCUUCCUCCUCUCCUUCCUCCCCUCUCUCUUCCUUCUCUCCCUCCUAUGUCUUUUCGUCCUCUGUUUUCUACAACAUCCCUCCGUCUGCUGAAAAACAGGACCCUGUGACAUCAACGACACAGAACAACCUCUCUGUUAAGUCACUUGGAGUUCUGGACAGUUCUGCUCAGAAACAUCGGAUUUAUCUGAACAAAAAGAGAAAGCACAGACUUCCGGGGCUAAAGAAGAGAAAGCUCAUCAAGAUAGAACGCACUGCAAUCAAAGCCCCUGAAAUCAAAUUCCUCAAACCCUCUCCUCCUCCCACCCUCUCCCCCACAUCACUCCCUUCUUCCUCCUCUCCUUCCUCCCCUCUCUCUUCCUUCUCUCCCUCCUAUGUCUUUUCGUCCUCUGUUUUCUACAACAUCCCUCCGUCUGCUGAAAAACAGGACCCUGUGACAUCAACGACACAGGACAACCUCUCUGUUAAGACCACUGAAAGCAGCAGAAAGCCAGGUUCAAGUCCCAAGCCGCCUCUGUCCAAGUUCAUGACAGCCCUGAGAGACAAAACCAAGAGGAAGCUUAAAUAGUGAAGAGAACUUGGUCUUGGAGGAAGCUUAAAUAGUGAAGAGAACUAGGUCUUGGAGGAAGCUUAAAUAGUGAAGAGAACUAGGUCUUGGAGGAAGCUUAAAUAGUGAAGAGAACUAGGUCUUGGUGAUCCAAUAGAAACCCAUAGCUCCUUCUCCUAGCCCCUACCUGCACCCUACCUCUAGGCCCUAGCCACUACCCCUUUAGUGUUUACAGUUUUAGGUGUGUACGCGAUAACACUGCAGCUGCACAUAGUAAUGAAAUAGGCAGACAUAUCUUUGAUCAAAUGAUUAUCUUGCUAUAUUGAUUGUCUUACCAACACUUUUAAUCACAACUACAUUAUUUCUCUAACAUCAGUGUUAUCUGAAUGAGAUUCUGUAAGAUCUGAAUAAAUGGAUUCAUUUAAGCACAA